AUGACGGCCAUCAGAAAGGAUGACAACGCCGAUGACGUCGAGAAAACGUCGCAGAAGAUGCCCACCGCGGUGUCUCCGACCCUACAACAGAGCUGUAUGUUCGGGAUCAGACACCUUCAAGUAUUGCUGCUUUUCCUAGCUAUGACCAUCGGGUACACUCUCAGGGUUGGAAUGUCAGUUGCCGUGGUCCCGAUGGCGAAUUCGAGUACUGCAAAUCCAAAUAUCGAGGAUUAUGGUUGGAGUAAACAAGAGAAAGAUUUGGUGCUCAGCUCAUUUUUCUGGGGCUAUGUGGUUACACAAGUGCCGAGUGGGUAUUUUGCCAAUAUCUGGAGUGGUCAGAAGAUCCUCUGCAUCGGAAUGUUUCUCUGUGGAAUUUUCAAAAUUAUUACGCCGGUCGUCGCUCAUUAUGGAGGUCUAUCGGCUGUCUUGGUUUGCAGGGUAGGCAUGGGUCUUGCUCAGGCUUGUCUGUUACCUUGCAUUCAAACCCUUCUCGCCAAGUGGGCACCACCCGCUGAAAGAGCACGAUUGGGAACAUUCGCUUAUGCGGGUGGUCAGUUCGGCACAGUGAUCGCUAUGCCGAUUGCUGGACUUCUCUCCGAAUCGAGUGUUGGUUGGCCCAGUAUCUUUUAUAUAUUCGGUUCAUUAUCAAUUAUUUGGAGCGUAGUAUACUAUUAUUUAGGAGCAGACGCACCGUCCAACCAUCGUAGUAUUUCUCAAGAAGAGAGAAUAUUCAUAGAAGAAAGUUUGAAAACAACUGAAUCGAAAAACAAUGAUGAAGUCCAGGAGAAGAUGAAAACACCGUGGAAGGCGAUGUUUACCUCGGUGCCUAUGUGGGCUCUCAUAAUAGUUCACUGCGGACAAAAUUGGGGGUAUUGGACUUUAUUGACAGAAAUACCAAGUUACAUGACAGGCGUGUUCAAUUUUAAAGUUCAGUCGGGCGGUAUAUUUGCCGCUUUGCCAUACUUGGCAAUGUGGAUUCUGAGCUUUCCUAUGAGCUGGUUAUCUGAUUAUGCGUUGGAGAAGAAUGUGUCUAGGGCUGUAGUCAGAAAGAUCACCAACACAGUAGCCCAUUGGGGUCCGGCUAUAGCCCUGGCAUGUAUGAGUCUCGCACCCACUGAUACCUGGGCCAUUGUCGUCCUCGUCAUUGCAGUAGGUUUAAACGCUGGAUCGUUAUGCGGCUUCCAAAUUAAUCAUAUUGAUCUUAGUCCAAACUUCGCUGGGACCAUGAUGUCUGUCACCAAUUGUUGCGCCACUGUUAUAUCUAUUAUCGCGCCGUUGAUAAGUGGUGUGAUUGUGACUGACGAGAGCAGCGCGUUUCAGUGGAACAUUGUAUUCUACGUCUCAGCAGUAAUCUACUUCGCGGGUAACUUAGUAUUUGUGAUAUUUGGUAAGGGCGAAGUGCAAUGGUGGAACGACCCAGAGGCACGACGACCAAAACAAAAAGCAGACGAAGAGAACGAGACGCGGAGACUUGAAAUUUACUUAAUCUAGUUAACUUUUGAUACGUUCUUGAAAUUUUUAUAACUUGCCAUAGGACUAAUAUGUGACUUAAAACCAGUUUGUAAGUCUGAAAUCGGUAGAUAUACUAUAAAUUUAAUAUUAAACUCUUCUUAAAACUUUUCUUGAAAUCGAAAUUACGAUCAACUAAGAAGUCAUUAUUUAUUAUCGUCACUGACGAACAGCUGUACAUAUCAUUGCUCCGCCAUGAAGUGUAAUGUGAUUUUUUUCAACUCUGUGUUACUCACAUGGACUUAUUAUUCUAUACGUCUGUAGUUACUGUUCAC